AUGGGUCACCUCCAUGACUACAAAGGAUUCCGCAAGUACCACCCCAAAAGAGGAACAGGUGGCGUGGAGAGGAGUCUGUCCGAGACCCUAAGCCUCCUAAGCAGUGGAGCUGGGAAUGGUGCCGUGAUCUUUACAGAGAGCCUGGAUGACGAACGGCUCUGGGCAGCCGGGCCCACCUCCAGGGAAACAAGCACAGGCACAGAGAUGGAGCAUAAAAAUAGAGGCGUGUGCUCCAAUUAUGGCAUCUGCUGUGAUACUAAAGACAACCUGCCACCCACAGCCCCCUCCAGCCGGCAGAGCGCCCAGCCCACCUCCGGCCUCCACCCCAAGUUUGCGUCUCGCCCCAAGGUAGAGAGGAGGCUGUUGGGCCAGGACUUUGACAGGGCUGCUCCCCAGCCCAACCUGAGGCAGGGAGGGGCUCUUGGGUGUGGAUGUGGGUCCGGCGCCGAGGCCGUGUGGGCUCUUGCAGCUGCCGCCGCCGCCUUCCCGCCGCCGCGCUCUCAGUCCAUCUCCGUGCAGUGCCAGCUGCCACCGCCGGGCCGAGCCGGGGAGAAGGAGGGAGGUCCCCGGAUUGGGUGUGUGCUGCCCGGCGGCCCCGGGCCCGCCGCCCCGCCGCAGCCGCCGCUUCAGCACCGCGGACAGCGUCCAGCCCGCGCGCUCCGGGCCAAGCCAAGCAGAGAGGAGCCGUGCGCCCCGCUCCGCCCGCCCGUCCGUCAGCCUGAGAGCGGCAGGAGCGCGCCGCGCCGCGUUCUCAUUCCUCCAGCCUCCUCCCCACCCGCCCGAGGAGGCUGCCUCCGGCCCCCAGGGCCCAGCUCCAAGAGUAAAGGGCGCCGCGCGAGGCCACCGGGUGGGUCUCCCGAGGACUGGAUGCGCCUCUGCCAGCCCCGUCCCAAACAGGGAUUAGCGAUCUCCUCCCGCCCAGCGGGCUAG